UCUCACAACUUAGUGUGUGCGGUCAGCCUCCGCUGAACACCCGGAUCGUCGGAGGGCAGGUGGCCCCCGAGGGCAACUGGCCCUGGAUGGCCAGUCUGACCAAUUCUGGGAGCCACUUCUGUGGAGGAUCGCUCAUCAACAGUGACUGGGUGUUGAGCGCCGCCCACUGCUUCAAAACCAACAACGUCCGAAACCUGGUUGUGUUUCUGGGUCGCCAGAACCAGCAGGGCAGCAACCCCAAUGAGGUGCAGCGGACGGUGAUGCGGAUCAUCAACCACCCCGACUACGACACCCGCCCCAAUGACAAUGACAAUGACAUCAGCCUCCUGAAGCUCACCUCGCCGGUGGUGUUCACCAACUUCAUUCUGCCCGUCUGCCUGGCAGCUCCAGGCAGCAGCUUCCACAGCGGCACCGAUGCCUGGGUCACCGGCUGGGGCAGAAUUGCAAGUCAAGUGCCCCUUCCAGACCCAAAAUCCCUGAUGGAGGUGGAGGUGCCCAUCGUGGGGAACAAACAGUGUACCUGUGACUAUGGAGCGGGUAGUAUCACAAGCAACAUGAUCUGCGCCGGGCUCCGUGCUGGAGGGAAGGACUCCUGUCAGGGGGACUCGGGCGGUCCGCUGGUGAGCAAGCAGGCCAGUCGCUGGAUCCAGGAGGGAGUCGUGAGUUUUGGAGAAGGUUGCGCACUGCCUAAACGCCCAGGAGUCUACGCCAGAGUGUCCCAGUACCAGUCCUGGAUUAACAGCGAGCUCUCCAGCAAUCUGCCAGGCUACAUCAUCUUCAGGUCCAUCGGGAACGACAGCGACAUUGGCGUCAUUUGUGAUGGAGCUCCGGCCACCACCACCACCACAGCCGCCACAGUCGCCGCCACAGCCGCCGCCACAGCCGCCGCCACAGCCGCCACAGCCGCCACAGCCGCCACAGCCGCCGCCACAGCCGCCACAGCCACCACAGCCGCCGCCACAGCCGCCGCCACAACCGCCACAGCCGCCACAGCCGCCACAGCCACCACAGCCACCACCACCUCCGCCACCACCUCCGCCACCACCUCCGCCCCUGCAACCACCACCGCCCCACCGGUGAUCUGUGGCAGAGCCCCGGGGAAUGCUCGUAUUUCAGGGGGCGGCUCCGUGUUGACGGCCGCCGUGUGGCCGUGGAUGGCAAGCCUGCAGAGGAACGGACGCCACGUGUGCGGCGGCACUCUGGUGGCCGUGGAUGCCGUGUUGAGCAACGCCAACUGCUUCUCCAGCUCCCUCACACCGACCGAAUGGACCGUGGUGCUGGGUCGGUUGAAGCAGAACGGGUCCAACCCCUCCGAGGUGACGCUCAACGUGACCAACAUCACCCUGAGCACCCGGGACGGGUCCAACAUCGCAGUGCUGCGGCUGGCGGCCCGGCCCGGCUUGUCCGACGCCAUCCAGCCCGUCUGCCUGGACAACGGGCAGACCUUCGCCGUGGGCUCCGCGUGCUGGGUGGCGGGCUGGAGCGCCGGGCGAGGAGGGGAGGAAGGAGUUCUGCAGGAGGUCCAGACCUCGGUGGAAAACUGUGGGAACGCGUCGGCCAGCGACAGCAUCUGUACCGGACUCUUAACCCUGGAGCCGGAGGACGCUGGGGGCCCCAUGAUGUGUAAGCUGGGCUCCUCCUGGUUCCAGGCCGCAGUGCUUUCCUCUCCAGACGCCUCCAGAGCAGCUCGAGCUGUGAUGGUGUUCACCAGCCUGAGCAGCUUCCAGAGCUUCCUGUCCAGCACGGGCCGUCACCUCCAUCCGGCUCCACUGCUCUAUCGCAACGCUCCACUUCCGGUUUGUUCGAAGAAGAGCUUCCGUUCUGAAUAUCUCAGGAGGUCUGUGAAACUACAGGGAGCCAACGGACGUUGUUGUUGUUGUUGUUGUUGUUGUUGUUUUUAAAUCAUUACAAUGAAGACAUGUGUAAAAUAUGAUUUUUUUUAACUGCUGGUGAAUAUUUUAAAUCCAUUUUCUGAACUGAAGGACUGUUAAAUGGAUCAAAUCAUAACUCUAGGCCAUAAUGUGUGACACAAAGAGGUGGAGCUUAAAUAACAGGAAGUCCAGUAGAUCUGAGGAACAGUGGCUAACCCGCCUGUCAAUCACCUACCUCAUGGAAUAUCUAUCUGAAGCCAUUUAUCUACACGAACAGUAUUUGCUCUAAAGAAAUACUUCAGCCGCACUUUAAAUGCAUAAUUCUUUGUUCUGAGUCUUUAAAUGUCUCUUUGAUUCUGAGACAUCUUCAUUUGGUUAAUAUCUACUAAAUUAAAGGACAUGCAGAGAAAAUGUUGUUUUAUUUCCUGGUGUGUUUACAGCGGCUACACUCAGUCAGUUUAUUAGGUACACACAACGUCACAGAAAGCCUUUUUAAUAAGCAGAAAGUCCAAGAGCUCUAAAGAUUAUUUAUCACGAUUAUUAAUAAAGG